AUGAAUCCGGCCAUGAUGAACUCGAGUGAUUCGACUGAUCUACUCGAGCUACAACAUCCCCUGAAUGUGACCACGUCACCGGCACCUAUACUCGGCGCAAUAUUCGGCUGUUUCAGUGUCAUCGCAUUGGUGGCCAAUUUUGUACUUUUUGUCUACAUUAUCUCACAUCGACUCUAUCGUAACUUUAUAUCAUCUCAUUUUAUUGCGCAUCUUUGCAUAACGAAUGCUGUUGCUUUAUGCGCUUUACUGCCCAUGUUCGUCUAUAAUGUUUGGACUGGUCAUAAUAUAUGGGCUUAUAAUAAUGUGAUGUGCAGAGUACAGGCAUUACUAACGUGUUCUGUAUGGACUGUAAUGCAGUUUAUGGCAUUAUGCAUUGCUGGUGUACAUUUGUUAACAUUCGCGAGAAUUCACUACGAACAAUUAUUUGGAUUACCACCGAAUAUGUUGUGUGCUUUGGCAUGGCUGAUUGCAUUCGGACUUGCUCUACCAACGAUUACCAAUGGACACAUUGUCAUCUACGAUCCAGCCUUGAGGCACUGUGUUUGGGGUGAUACGGAUAGUGGUCUCAAAUUUCUCACAUACCUUCUCAUACUGGGUGUUGUUAUUCCAGCGUCAUUAGCAUCUUACGCAUAUAUUCGUGUACUCGGUAUUCUCUAUCACAGCCCAAUCGUUUUUCAAAGUAUUGGAUUGUACAAAAGUCGUUUUCUCGUUUAUGCGUUCCUUUUAAGUCCAUUCUAUCAGUUGCCUUUUUACGCGAUAACAAUGGUAUCUGAAUGGCGUCAAGUCGACACAACACUGCCACUAAUAUUCAUGUUUCUCGCUUAUACGCAGUGUAUUGUUUCACCAGCUCUUUAUGGUGCAUCGCUGUUCCUGAUGAAAGAGGAAGAUAUGGCUUUAACGGCUCGUGCUCACAAAACACCAAAUUCACAUCAACUCACGCAACAUUUGUAG